CUGUUCCGUAUUUCGUGUUCUGUGCGGUUUAAUCCUGCGAAUCCUGAAACUACGGCCCCGUUCAACUUAUCACACUCAAGCGAUAAGCCCGUUAGGGUGGAUUGUUGCCAUUCUAGUCACCGCAUGCCGAAGUGCGGCCCCCCCGAAAAUGUCCAAUUAUCAGCUUCACUCUGGCGAAACGAGCCUCUCGAUACCGCGCAUCAUCACGGUCGAUAGUGUGAACUACUACGAGAUACUGGUCAAAUGUGGUCAGGUCAUGUGGACGGUGAAUCACCGGUACAGGGACUUUUCCGAGCUGCACGACCGGCUGGUGGCGGAACGGGGCGUCUCGAAGGAUAAGCUGCCACCCAAGAAGGUGCUCGGCAACAAGAGUCCCACGUUCCUGAAGAAGCGCCAGGAAGCGCUGGAGCAGUACCUGAAGGAGAUGCUCAUCUUUCUCAAGGUCACGAUGCCCCGGGAGUUUGUCGAGUUUCUCGACUUCCAUCGCUACGACAUCAUCUUCAUGGUGCAGCACCUCGCCAGCUCGCUGUUCCUGCGCGGUGACGCCUUCCUGGCAAAGUCGAAAAAGUACGGCUUCUCGGUGCUGGAACUGCACGCCAUCAGCGAGCGAUUGAAGAUACCCUGCCCGGCCACGGAAGCGGCCGAUAGUUGCUACAACUUCUCCCACAUACUGGACUUUUGUGCCCAGCUCGAGACGAUCAUCGUGCUGCCGACAAAGAACAGCCUGCCAACGAUCAUGUACGAUGAUGACACGGACAAGUACAUCCCGCACGCGCUACACAAACCGAUCGGUAGCAGCAACAUCAUACCGGUGCAGCUCCGGUACGAGCUGAGCGUUUUUAAAGCGUUACGCAAUCUCAUCAUCUACGGUGUUCCCACGGAAAACAUUCAGAAUGUAGGUGCCUUGCGAGAGACGUUAUCGCGGAUAGAGGUGUACAAGAGCGAGACGAAACAGAUCUGCCAAAUUGCACUGUGUGAUAACGUGCAUAAGGAUGCUGGAGAGGAGGAGCUCGACAAACUGAAGCAAUGGAAGAACCUGCGUCAUGCCGUAUUCAAAGAGAACCGGCUAACAACGAUCGAUCGAACGAUCCGAUUGUUUCCCGCGCUAAAGGAUCUAGUGCUGGACAAAAACCAGCUCGAAAGCAUCGCCCAUCUCAGCCACCUGAACAACCUGCAAAUGCUCAGCCUACGCUGCAAUCGGAUAGCCCAGUGUCCCAACUGGCACGUGCAGCUUGGCAAUCUGGUAUCGCUGAAUCUCUCCCAGAAUCGCAUCCGACUGCUAGAGGGAUUAGCACGGCUCUAUUCACUCGUAAGCCUAGAUCUGAGCUGCAAUCUGAUCGAUGACAUCAACGAAAUCGAUCACAUCGGCAAUCUACCUUUGCUGGAGAACUUACGGUUGAUGGGCAACCCGGUGGCCGGUGGUGUCGAUUAUCGUGCCCGUGUUCUGUCACGUUUCGGUGAUCGGUUGCAGGAGAUCUAUCUGGACAACGAGAAGGGCAACCAGGCGGAGUACGAUACGGCCCUGGUGCUUUCUGCGCUGCGUAUUUCGGCUCAAAAAUCGCAACGUAAACUGCACAGUUUGCUGGAGGAUGACUGCGACGAGUGCCCAGCGACGCCUGGCACCAGCAAGGGAAGCGUACGAUCGUCGCCGGGUACCAGAUGAUGCCGAUAUGAUGUCUCGCUCGUAAGGGAGAAUUGUUUACCGCAGAUGGACACCACGAAGGGCUAGUUUCACGAUGUUUUCCAUCCGCCCUGGUUUUUACAUGCAUUCUAUUCGUGUAACGAAGUGCAAAGCGUCGAUUUUGUUUGUUUUUUUUUCUUUUAUUGAAUUUAUACAUAUAUAUCUCUAUAGACUGUUUUGGGCAAAAAAAUGAAGUAACAUGCAGUUUGUAAAACAAUACUACAAAAUAUGAGCUAGAUAAAAUCAUGUGAUUAUGUUAUCGAUCUUGA